AUGGCGAGCCUGGCCUGUGCGCUCCGCUUCCUGUUGGGCGCCUUCGCAUGCUUGGCCGUCGCUGUCGCCGGUAGUGCUGCAUUCGUCGCGAGGCAAGGCACGCAGUUCGUCCUCGAAGGUUCCCCCUUUCUCUUCAGCGGGUUCAACUCUUACUGGAUGAUGCAUGUCGCGGCCGAGCCCGCCGAGCGGGCGAAGGUCACCGAGGUGCUCCGUGAGGCCGCGGCAGGGGGUCUCACUGUGUGCCGGACGUGGGCAUUCAGCGAUGGUGGUGACCAGCCACUGCGGGUCUCCCAGGGAAAGUACGAUGAGCGAGUCUUUCAGGGACUUGAUUUUGUGAUUUGGGAGGCUCAAAAGCGUGGUGUUCGCUUGAUCCUGAGCUUGGUUAACAAUGUCAAGGACUUCGGAGGCAGAGCUCAAAACGUGCAAUGGGCGCGCGAUGCAGGCGUAGCUGUAAACGGAGAAGAUGAUCUCUACACCAACCCAGUAGUUAAGGGAUACUACAAGAACCAUAUCCGGAGAGUGUUGACACGAAUCAACAGCAUCACCAACGUAGCCUACAAAGACGACCCAACGAUCAUGGCAUGGGAACUAAUCAACGAGCCUCGUUGUCAAGCAGACUAGUCCUGGAAAACUGUGCAUGCUUGGGUUCGAGAGAUGACGAGUAAUAGGAAGUCCCUGGACAACAGAUACAUGCUAGAGAUAGGAAUGGAGGGCUUCUAUGGAGAUUCCACGCCAGAGAAGAAGCACUACAAUCCUGGUUACCAAGUAGGAACAGACUUCAUCAGUAGCAAUCUCAUUGACGAGAUAGACUUUGCGACCAUCCAUGCAUACCCAGACAUCUGGCUCUCGGGGAAGAACGAUGGAUCGCACACCGCCUUCGUGCGGCGGUGGAUGUGGAGCCACUGGGAUGACGCCAUGAAAACACUGAUCUUUGCUUAG